CCGCAUUCUCAAGUGCUUUGUUUUAGGAACGGUAGAGCUAGUGUUCCCCGUCUAUCAUUCGGGUCAGAGUUAUGGGCGAACCCCAGGCUUCCCUCCUUUUGAAGAAACAGCUUGCUGAGCUGAGACGAUUGCCUGUGGAGGGAUUUUCGGCAGGACUAGUAAACGAUGACGACAUUUACAAGUGGGAAGUUCUUGUCAUCGGUCCACCGGACACCCUUUACGAAGGCGGAUUUUUCAAGGCAAUAUUAGAUUUUCCCAAGGACUAUCCUCAGAAACCACCAAAGAUGAGGUUUGUAUCCGAGAUCUGGCAUCCAAACAUUGAUAAGGAUGGUCAUGUUUGCAUUUCUAUUCUGCAUGAUCCUGGAGACGACAAAUGGGGUUAUGAACGACCAGAGGAGCGCUGGUUGCCAGUGCAUACAGUUGAGACAAUCUUGCUUUCUGUUAUCUCCAUGCUUGCUGAUCCCAACUUCGAGUCUCCUGCAAAUGUCGAUGCUGCGAAAAUGCAGCGGGAAAACUAUCCAGAGUUCAAAAAGCGAGUGGCCGCUUGCGUUCGCAAAAGCCAGGAAGAAUGAUGUAUGACAAUGUUAUGAGAAAUAACCAGAAACCCACUAAGUUUAUGAAUGAUGUGUAUUAUUUUCUCGUCUCUUGCACAUGCUCCAUAAUUUUACGGUCAUAAAAAUAUUUUUUUUUGAAAAGUGGAUGGUAUAUGGAAUUAAUUUGUGGUUUCUGGUGAAAAAAAAGUUUUUUUUGUUUCUUUGACAUAUAAUUGUGUGAUGUUUUUGCAUGCGCUGCACCGGUUUUU